GAGAAGAUCGUAGGCGGCAGCCAGCUAGCAAAACUGUUGCAAUGGCGCUCUCCACAGCAGUGUAUUUCACUGCCACUUUUCUGAAUUUAGGAUUAAUUUAUGCUCUGUUCUCAGGGAAAAACAACGUGUGCUAUGACAAUUUAGGCUGCUUUGACACAUCUUCUCCAUUUGACAACGCCUGGAAAUAUUUGCCGCAAUCUCCGGAAAGUGUUAACGUCAACUUUAAACUGUACACCCGGAACGACCCGGAAACCGGAAAGGUUCUUAACGAGAACGAUCCGGACACGGUCACCACCGCAGACUUUGACGCGGAAAAAGAUAUCAAGUUUCUCAUCCAUGGCUACGUGGAUCAUGGUAACGCUCCAUGGGUAUUGAACAUGUCACGGAUGUUCCUCCAGAAGGAGGACUGUAAUGUGGUGGCCGUGGACUGGCAUGAAGGCGCCCAUACAUUUUAUCCCCAGGCCGUGGCCAACACACGCCUUACAGCAGCCGUUACCGCCAAGCUGAUCAAGCUGCUCCACACCCAGUUCGGUCUUGACCUUCAAUCAGUCCACCUGAUUGGUCACAGUUUGGGAUCACACAUUGCUGGUUAUAUUGGGCACCGCACGCCUGGAAUUGGACGAAUAACGGGCCUUGAUCCCGCUGGCCCUCUGUUUGAGGAAACGGACAAGGCUGUCAGACUAGAUCCCUCCGACGCCAUCUUUGUUGAUGUCAUACACUCCGAUGGAAUUCCGGUCAUUGAUCUCGGAUUUGGCACGCAACAAGAGCUGGGUCACCUUGAUUUCUACCCUAAUGGCGGAACCCAGCAGCCCGGCUGCCCCAGCCACCCCUAUAUCACGGGCAUCAAGGAUGUCUUCACGCUACACUUCAAGGACGUCGUCCACACUGUAGACUGCAGUCACAACAGAGCCAUUUACCUUUUCACGGAAUCUAUCGUAAACUCCUGUCGGUUUCUUGGGCACCCUUGUUCCACCAAAGAGAAGUUUGACCAGGGCGCCUGUGCCAACUGUGGACCGACCGGAUGUCCACCGAUGGGUUACCCAGCUAAAGCGAACCAGGCCCCGUCAGGCAGAUACUAUCUGAAAACAGGACCCCACGAGCCAUUCUGCCAGUCCGUGUAAUCCCCUAGAGAGAGCCAGAACAAACGUCCAGGACAUGGUUAUUGCAAUCCCAUUGCGUAAAUAUCAUAAAUAUUCCAAAAACAAUUCUAAAGGCCUUCAAUCCUUCAGAAACGCUCUCCGAU